AUGGCCGCAGACGAUCCCAACUUGCCCAUCAGAUGGGACGGUGCAUUGCAUGGGCUUUAUCCGUAUCUUGGUACCGCAGGUCUCGGUGUGGCGCUCUUCCUUACUGGUAUCGAGGCAACCAUUGUGAGCACGUCACUAGUUACCAUUACGAAUGAUCUUCAGAACUCGAGUCAAAGCAGUUGGGUGAUCACCUCCUAUUUGCUAACAUAUACCGGUUCUCUUCUCCACUCCCACUGUUUUCAAUUCAGCGCGCCUCUGACUGACAGUAUCGUCCUAGGAUUUCUCAUCAUUUGGUCGAAUGGCGGUAACUUAUUCGGGGUUAAACGAGCUCUCCUCACUUCCCUGUUUAUUUUCACGGUGUUCUCCGGUGGCUGUGCUGGUGCACAAAGUCUCAGCGCACUGUGCGUUGCCAAAUCACUCGUCUUCUUCCUAAGCAAGCAGAAAAUAACUCGUCUAAAUUAUAGAAUCAUCUGUCGGGCAUUCCAAGGCCUUGGUGGCGCUGGUGUCUACACCUUGACGCUCUUCUCUCUUCUUCGCAUCUAUCCUUACGAACGAUUUGGCAUGGUCAGUUCGAUUGCUGGUGGAAUUAUAUCCCUAGGGCUUGUACUAGGCCCUUUAUUUGGAGGUGCUAUUUCAAAUAGUGGAGCCUGGCGCUGGGUAUUUUUGUAUAAUGUUCCAGCAGGUGCUCUAGCUUGGCUUGUUAUUUUAACGAUCCUUCCGGACCAAUUUCCAGAUGCACCCCAAAUGCCGACUGGAGAGUCAACAUCAGAACGAAUGUGGGUAGACACAAGGGCUUUUUUCUACCAGUUGGACGUUCUGGGCGCAUUUCUGGUGCUGACUACAUGCUCAUUUCUCAUUGCUGCCCUCCAGGAGGGGAAUUUUGAGUAUCUAUGGUCCUCAGGCCUGGUCAUUAGCUUUCUUGUUAUCUCUGGGGUUGCGGGUGUUACAUUUGUCUGGUGGGAGUGGUUUGUUGAUCAAUCUGGUCUGAAAAUUGUGGCGGUGUUUCCGUGGCGGCUGACCCGCAACCGAAUCUUUAUGGGUGUUGCUCUGUGUGUAUUCCUUCUCCUAGAGCCCACUGACUCAACUGACCAGUCUCCAUACAGCGGAUUCUUUACAACUGGUCUUCCUAUGACCGUCUGUAUCAUCGAGAUUCCGCAGCGAUUUCAAAUCGUCAACCAAAGUUCUCCGCUCGGUGCAGGCGUGAAAUUGCUGUCAUUCGCGCUGAGCUGUCCACUCGGCAUCAUAGGCUGCUCUAUAUUGGCAGGGCGGCUUAUGAUUCCCUUUUGUUACAUUGCGUUAAUUGGCAUAGCCUGCGAAGUCACUGGCAUAUUCCUCUUCUCGGAAAUACCUUCAACGACACACCUUUGGCCAGGGCAAUUCGGAUACCUUGUUUUAGCUGGGCUAGGAGUCGGCCUCGCUGUCUCUGCUUUCUAUAUGGCGGUUUCACUUGUGGUAGAUCUGGAGGACCAAUCGACUGCUAUGGGUAUUGGGAUCCAACUUCGAAUGCUAGGUGGAGUUCUGGGGGUCGCAGCUUCGACCACUAUUCUGAAUCAUUAUCUCAAGAGCCGAUUGUCGCACUCGAUGCGACCUGAGGAACUGAGUGCUCUUUUGAAAACGACCGAAUCCAUCAAGAAUUUUUCACCGGAGAUUCAACUUCGUGCUCGCGAGGUAUACGCACUGGCCUACAGCAUGCAGAUGAAGCUGGCGGGUGCAUUUUCAGUAGCCCAGUUGUUGGCCGUGGCGAUGAUUUGGAAGAGACAAAAUGUGCGGUAUUCAAAACAUUAG